GGCUAUCAAAAUGAAGCGUAUCAGCAGCACCUUCUGAAGUAGGCUACCGUCCGAGACCUCGACGGAGAGCGUAGUUGACUCGCGCCUCGCGCCAACCAUCCACUGAAACCAUCGAUAGCAAUGGUUAAAGGUUCGACGGAAUAUCACUCACAUUAUACUGCUGAAAGACCUAUUCCUCCUUCGCCAACAGCUGUGCCACACCAAUACAAUACUCCCAGCAUACGUCACCAUCCCAGCGCACAGAUCCUACAUCGCCCUCAUUACCGUUCGCACCCUUUCGCACCCUCCAAACUCCCUAAAAAUGCAACAACGAUACAUUGCCGGCCCAUAAAAAUCCGUCCCUUUGGAUCCCAAUUUGCGACGUCCACAUACACGCCGUGGUCGAAGUCGUGGUGUAGCGCCUGCCACUUUUGUCGCCGACAAGGAGACUACGCGGGUUCAAGAGAGCCGGGGAAGUUGGAGAUGGAUUUGGCGGAGGCUUUGAACUAGCGGAUCAAAAACUGGAGGGUGCUGGAAAAGACGUCGGCGGAGCUAAGAUGUUGGGCGGGGUCGUCUUGAAUACGACUGCUGUGAGCCUGA